CCUAGCAAACGGUAAAGCAUAUCCGCAGACGCCUGAACUGAAACAAAGUUUCUUGUCGACUUCGACCAAACGGCAGGAUUUGGCAUACUACUUCUUUUAUAUUUGUGCUGUUAUACAAUCAUGGAACCAAGAACGGAAAAGAAAUCCCAAUGGUCAUCGAGCAUGGUCAAAAAAAUGGUUUGAUGAUGAAACGGACAUUGUCAAUGUAGCAGUUAUGAAACAGUACAAAGACAAAUAUGGAGAACUCAACUCAGAAAAAGAUUUCGAAACGCAUGUCAGAGGUCUGUUAACAACAGUAGAUGAGACACAGUUUCCCUUACUUAUCGUCUUCGACGAAGCCCGUGCAAUGAUUGCGACAGGCGACUUUGAGGCUGUUCGGCGAGCCCUCCGCUGCUUUACAAAGGGUGUCAUGGCAGUAUUUGCUGACACCAUGUCGAGUUUGUGUAAUUUUUCUCCAUUGGCAGAAGCGGAUCCAUCUUUCCGUCCUCGCACACACAUGGAACUUUUUCCUCCCUUUUAUCAGCUGUGCACCUUUGAUUUAUUCGCCCGCCAGAAAAACUACCUGGAUUGUAAAAUAUGGGAAUAUGGAAGGGUCAUGUGGGCGGCUUUCAGGUCAUGUGGUAUGACUGAUGGCGAUCUUAUUACUUUUGCUCAAUCGAAAUUACUUGGCGGCUACGAACAGGUGGAAACACUCCUAACGAUAACACCACAAAUGGCAGUAGCCAUACUUUCAUCGUUUGCAAGCAUUGAAAUCACACCCUCUUCUUCCUUGGCAAAGCAAGUUGUUGCUGAUAACAUGGCGAUCUGUCUUCAUGUAUCUCAUGACCGAUCUAGUAUAAUGGCACGAUACCCGUCGGAUCCUGUUCUGGCUGAAGCAGCAGCAAAAUUGGUGCAAGAUACAUUCAAUCACGAAAAGCGUAUGCAAAUGCUAAGAUUAUUGGCGAGUAGCCUUACUAAUGGUUUAGUAGAACGAGGGAAGAGGGGUGAGCUGAUUGGUUCGUUGAUAAUUGGAUUGGCGAUGCAAAGAUGCCAAAAGUCUCGCUUUCAGAAAAGGAUGUCUUUUCGAUAUUCUCAGGCAGUUUCUUUAAAGGCUUUUUUGAAUGUGUUUAUUGAUAUUGAUGAGGAAAGUUCAGAUACCAGGCUCGAAGAUGUCUACGUAAAGUUUUCCCAUGCAUGGAAAAUCAGUGGAGGGUCAAACCAGCAGCUAUCCAAGACGUUAUUAAAAGCUGGAUGGGAUCGAUGUUGUUACUUUCUAUGUGAAGAAAACCAGGAAGCUGUUGAUGUCGUCAUUCCGACAUCACGUGAUGCUAACCGUUACAAGGAUGGUCCGCCUUUGCUUAUCCAAAUCAAAAAUCGAUCUGGGAGAGGUGCAAUCAGAGAUGCAUUUUUAAAACUUGGUUCCGCAAAACUCGAUGCAAUCAAGCCCAAUUCAGGUGAUGUGAUGUUUGUAGGAUUAUUGCUUUCAUUUGGAGCAAAAAUGGCCAAGUCAGAAAGGAUUUCUUUUAACACGGGAUCGAAAAAGAGGAAAGUUGGACAAAUGUAUUCUGUCGAUGAGGAAGAUUUCGAAUCUCUGCGCUAUGGCAUCGUCUACGGUGUAUAUGGAAGCCGAUGUUUUCAGAAUCUAUUUGAGAUUGUUAAAGAGAACGAUGAGAUAGCAGCAGCUAUCAGUGAGAUCUUAGAUGCAUUUCCCGACCCAAUGAAGAAAGAACUUCCAUCUCUGCUGCAAGACGACGGAUGCUAUUGCACUUACAACAAUGAGUUUCUUAUCACAACUACCAUGAUCCAAAACCUGGCUGAGAAGGAAUAA